AUGAACAAUGGUCACACUAGAGAAUCGAAGCAUCGAAUCGCCGUCCUCGAGGACGAAGAGGUGGAAACCUUUGUCGCAUUUUGCGAAUAUGCGUAUACCGGGGACUACAAGGUGCCUGCGUUGCCGGAAUCCACGGUCAGCGCAAGUACGAAAGUAUCAGCACAAGCCCCGAAACAACAGCAUGAUGUUCAGUCUGAAUCGAUAGAGAGUCGAAGAAACUCGGUGCUCUCAUGGCGAGGCACCUAUCGCACUGAAUCAUUUUCAUCCGCGGCUCUACCACUUGUGCCGUCUCCGCCACCAGAGAAUGUGGUUGAGGAUAACGGUGAAACGCAUGGACUUCAGGAUGAUCCUAUACCCGAGAAGAAUGGGUUGGAGGAAGCGAGUGAGGGCAAUUCUCAUGAAGUGGUGGAGGACCGUGUUGAAGACGCUGCUGCACCAAGUGAAACUCACGAUCCUGUGAGCGAUGAACAGCUUGUGGCCCAUGAUCGACCCGACGAUGAAGUUGAACCUGAAAACGCGACGGAUUCAUCCGUCCAUUUGGUUUCAAGCCAUGAGAUCGAGCAAGUGACAACAGAUUCGGGUGAACGUGCAACACUUGAGGAUGCUCUUCCCGAAGAGCAGCCCAUUGAAGAGCCGGAAUAUGUGUACACGCCAAAGAAGAGCUCUGCGAAAAUGAGGAAGUGCAAGAAGACAUGCCAAAAAAAGUCUCAUAAGCACCCUUUGGAGGAUAAGUGCCCGACUAGCUUGACACCUCCAUCAACACCUCCUUCUCAAAGCGCAGAGCCAACAAUUCUGGAAGAACUUGUACCCGUGGGGCAAUCUGAGCAAGAAGCUGCUCUGCCCGAAACACCUGAUCCGGAAUUCGAGGGGCAGAGAGCAGAGGGCACAUUGGCUGAGGCUCAGCCUGAAGUUUCAACUCCCCGGGCACAGUCACCAUCAGCAUCUGCUAUCGAUGAACCUAGAUCUCCCGAGUCAGUAAGAUCGCAAUCGACAAACAAGGGAUUUUCUCGCUCAAGUCCAUCACCGGCACCAUCAGUGAAAUCGACGUCGGUAUCGACCGCACACCAGGAGACCUCCUCGGACAGACCAAUGCUAGACAUGUCUUUUGCAAAGCAGCGUUUUGAGCCAUUCCGACACACUGCCGGACUGGAUCUUUGGGGUGAUUUCAAGGCAAUACAAUACGAGGAUGAAAAUGCGCCGCCCGCUGCCUCUUCAACAUCGCAAGCUUGCACUCCGCCCUACCUCACUUUCCACGCCAAGCUCUACGUCUUUGCCACGCGAUACCUCAUUCCAGCUCUUGCUCAGCUCUGUCUCCGCAAGCUACACGCAGACUUGGUCCAACUACCUCUCGAUGAAACUAUCGGUGAUUUGGAGCCAGCCGGAGCUAACAAGUUCCAUACUUCCGAUGCCCAGAGCUUAGUCUUGGAUCUCUUGCAUUACGCAUAUACCAAGACCACGAGACUCGAACCAAUAAGUCCAACUUCUGCCACCCAAUUGCGAGAGAACGAACUGCGACGACUUGUCGUGCACUAUGCUGCUUGUCGGGUCAAGGAGUUGGCGCGGUGGCAUGCAGUCAGUGAGAGCGGGAUGGCGACACCUGUGGUGACAGGGCGCUAUACGCCUGGAGCGAAGCAGGCCAAGCCCAUGAGUAUGAAGGCUUUGCUGGAUCAGACACCUGAGCUGGCGAGUGAUCUUGUGUAUCGUAUGAUGUGA